GGCUGGCUGCGACGUUUCCUCUUGACGGAGUCAAGGCGCGGCGGCUAUGGGCAGCCGGGAGGUGCUGGGCCAGGCAGCCCGGCUGGCCUCCUCGGGCCUCCUCCUGCAGGUGUUGUUUCGAUUAAUCACCUUUGUCCUGAAUGCAUUUAUUCUUCGCUUUCUCUCAAAGGAAAUUGUUGGCAUAGUGAAUGUGAGACUAACACUGCUUUACUCAACCACCAUCUUCCUGGCCAGAGAAGCCUUCCGCAGAGCUUGUCUGAGCAGGGGCCCCCAGCAGGACUGGAGCCAGACCCUUAAUCUUCUAUGGCUCACAAUCCCCUUGGGUGUAUUUUGGUCUUUAUUCCUGGGCUGGGUCUGGCUGCACUUACUUGAAGUACCUGAUCCAAAUGUAGUUCCCUACUAUGGAACAGGAGUGGUGCUAUUUGGUCUCUCAGCAGUGGUGGAACUUCUAGGAGAGCCCUUCUGGGUUUUGGCACAAGCACAUAUGUUUAUCAAGCUCAAGGUAAUUGCUGAAAGUCUGUCAGUUAUCCUCAGGAGUAUCCUGACAGCUUUCCUUGUGAUGUGGUUGCCACACUGGGGGCUGUAUAUUUUCUCUUUGGCCCAGAUUUUCUAUACUACAGUCUUGGUGCUCUGCUAUGUUAUUUAUUUCACAAAGUUACUGAGUUCCCCAGAAUCAACCAAGCAACAAACUCUUCCUGUCUCCAGAAUAACAGAUCUAUUACCCAGUAUUACAAGAAGUAGAGCUUUUGUGAAUUGGCAAGAGGCUAAACUGACUUGGAGUUUUUUCAAACAAUCUUUCUUGAAACAGAUUUUGACAGAAGGUGAGCAUUAUGUGAUGACAUUUUUGAAUGUAUUAAAUUUUGGUGAUCAAGGAGUAUAUGAGAUAGUCAAUAAUCUCGGAUCUCUUGUGGCCAGGCUAAUAUUCCAGCCAAUAGAGGAGAGUUUUUAUAUAUUUUUUGCUAAGGUGCUGGAGAGGGAAAAGGAUGCUAUACUUCAAAAGCAGGAGGAUGUUGCUGUGGCUGCUACAGUUUUGGAGUCCCUGCUAAAGUUGGCCUUGCUCACCGGUCUGACCAUCACUGUUUUUGGCUUUGCUUAUUCUCAGCUGGCUCUGGAUAUCUAUGGAGGGGCUAUGCUUAGCUCAGGAACAGGUCCCAUUUUGCUGCGUUGCUAUUGUCUCUAUGUUCUUCUGCUUGCCAUCAAUGGAGUGACUGAAUGCUUCACAUUUGCUGCCAUGAGCAAAGAGGAGGUUGACAGAUACAAUUUCACAAUGCUGGCACUGUCCUCUUCAUUCUUAGUGUUAUCCUAUCUCCUGACCCACUGGUGUGGCAGUGUGGGCUUCAUCUUGGCCAACUGUUUUAACAUGGGCAUUCGAAUCACACAGAGUCUUCACUUCAUCCAUCGCUACUAUCAAAAGAGUUCCUAUAGGCCCUUGGCUGGCCUGUACCUGUCACCAGCACUUCUUGGGGUGUUUUCCCUUAGUGCUGGGAUUACUGCUAUUUCAGAGGUGUUCCUCUGUUGUGACCAAGGCUGGCUCGCCAGGCUGACACACGUUGUUGUGGGGGCCGUCUGUUUAGGAGUGACUCUUGGGAUAGCAUUCCUCACAGAGACCAAGCUGAUCCACUUUCUCAGGACUCAAUUGGGUGUGUUCAGAAUUGCUGACAAAAUGACAUGACUUCAGGGAUGCCUUAACCUUGACACCUGUGUACUUGGACUCACUGUGGGGUGGUUCUUAGGUGGAACACAUUGCUGUACAAAAGCCCUGCUUUGGGGUCUACAGAAUGAAAGCCACCCAAGAAGUGAGAAACCCACAUAAACACUGCCCUUUUGACACCUUCCACCCAAUGGAGGAUUGUCCUGUUUUUUAGAUGAAGACCAAAAAGCCCUUUUAAAACAAGUUUUUUCAUCAUUUUAUUCAUCAGCAUUUUCUUUUUAUUUAUAUAUUAAUUCCUUUGGAUGUGAUUGAUCUUUGGAGGUACAUGCUUCAUAACCUAUAUCUUAGAUAUUAAUAGUUAAUGAUCAUUUGGC